CUCGCCUCCAAUACUUUUUGGCGCGCUAUCAGUCAUCAUAUCGAAAGUUUCGAGGUCAAGUUCAAGUUGAACGGUCAACUCAAGGGGUUGCGGCACUCCACGAUGCGCUCGAGUCACCCUGGGUUCUGGAAGGCCGGAAUAUUAUCAUAGAGGCCGCACGUGCCCGAACUUUCACACUGGGAGAAAAUAUCCUAGAAUUUUUUUAGAGAUUCCCAACCCACUAAAUAGUCCCUUACAAAAUUACAAUGAUGAACUUGUUGAUAGCCUACAUGCCGUUUUGCCAGUUUUGCAGGUUAUAAAACCGACCUCAAGUAAUUUUGUCCGGGCCACACUACAGUUUGACGCCCUUCAUACGCCGGUUCCAUUUCGAGACUCAUCGUAGGGUUAGGUUUCCUCACUUUUUGGCUAUUGGGUUGACUGCGUUCCUUGCUUCAUGUGUCUAGUGGUUGGACGAAUCGCCACGAGGCCAGUCCGCCCGCAUUUCCCCAAGUCAUCCUCAAGUCGACACAUCUUUACUCGCCAUGCUUCCCAGUCUUUACUGAACGCUAGCUAUUCCAAAACACUCCUCUUGCCGAAGACUUCGUUUCCGCUCUGGGUGAACUCAGCACAGUCCGAGUCGUUAUUCAAAAAGAAGACCUGCGAAGAGCUGUAUCGAUGGCAGGCUCAGAAUGUGCAUGGGCCACUCUUCGUUCUGCUUGACGGCCCUCCUUAUGCGAACGGUCACCUUCACAUAGGACAUGCUUUAAAUAAGAUUAUGAAAGACAUCAUCAACAGGUACCAAGUCUCAACUGGUCAUAAAAUACAUUACCACCCUGGCUGGGACUGCCAUGGGUUGCCUAUCGAAAAUAAGGCUCUGCAAGAGUUAAAGAAGGAUGCUCUUUCGUUAGCGCCCAAUGUCAUACGCGCAGCAGCCAAAGCAACAGCAGAGCGCGAAAUGAAGACGCAGCAGGAGGAAUUCGAGCAGUUUUGCAUAAUGGCCGAUUGGAGCCCACAAACGACCUUCCGUACACUUGACCAUGACUACGAAAUUCGUCAGCUUCAGGUCUUUCAACGAAUGGUCGACCAAGGUCUUAUUUACCGGCACUACCGACCAGUGCAUUACUCUCCCUCAUCGCAUUCCGCUCUUGCCGAAGCGGAGCUCGUCUAUAACGAUGAUCAUGUCUCUCAUUCAGUCUAUGUGACCUUUUCGUUGGACUCGCAGACUACAAUCGCGAGCACUGCUCUCCGGGAAGUCUUAGCCGAGGAGCCUUCGGCAAGUUUGCUAGUGUGGACCACUACACCUUGGACUCUAACAGCAAACAUGGGCAUUGCCAUUCAUCCCGAAUUGAUUUACAGUUUCGUGCGCUCAUCUGUCAAGGAGGGUGCUCUCGUCGUUGCUAAAGAUCGUCUUGUCGCGCUGGAGCCCAUCAUCGGACCUCACGAAGUUAUUGCUGAAAUCAAGGGCGCAGAUCUGGUGGGCGCACAAUUCCGCUCCGUCUUCUCUCCAAUCCAUCCGUCUGGCUCAAUGAGCGCAAAGAUCAUUGCGGCAUCUCAUGUCACAUCGGAGUCUGGAUCUGGUCUGGUGCACUGCGCCCCUGCACAUGGCGCAGAAGAUUACCUGGCAUUCCGAGCGCUAGGCCUUCUGCAAGGCCCCACGGAUAUCAUCUGUCACGUUGAUGAUGCCGGCAAAUUUUCACCUGGUGUUGCUCAUGUCGUAGGCGAAGAAGCUGCACAAGCACUAGUAGGUCAAGAGGUACUCAAGGGUGGAAACAAGGCUAUCAUCAGACUACUGGAGUCCAUCGGGUCCCUUGUGAGAGUGCAGAAGAUCAAGCAUCGCUAUCCGUAUGAUUGGAAGACUGGUGAACCUAUCAUUGUAACGGCCACCUCGCAAUGGUUUGCCAACCUGGACGGCAUCAAGGAUGAUGCACUCCAUGCGCUGAAGGAUGUACAGUUCUAUCCACCGUCGUCUCGCAAUCGACUGGAGUCAUUCGUUCGCUCGCGUUCCGAAUGGUGCAUUUCUCGCCAGCGAGUGUGGGGUGUCCCGAUUCCGGCUCUAUACCACACCCCGACGGAUACCGCUGUCCUCUCAUCCGAAUCCCUCACUCACAUAUUACGUGUUCUGUCUGAGCGAGGCGUCGCUCAUUGGUGGGAAGGUCCAGUCGAAGACUUCCUUACCCCAGAGCUGCCCGCCAAUUUCGCAGGUGGGCCUGAAGCUUGGCGCAAAGGCACGGACACAAUGGACGUCUGGUUUGAUAGCGGGUCAAAUUGGAGUACGCUGAGCGCCCCUACAGGCGGGCGAAGACAUCGGGCGGACGUAUGUCUUGAAGGCACAGACCAGCAUCGCGGGUGGUUUCAGAGCCAGUUGUUAACCUCAGUGGGUGUUAGCUCCGGACAAAGUGCUGCAAGGCCAGUGAGCCCAUACGGAACGCUGAUCACGCAUGGUAUGGUACUUGAUGAGGCAGGCAAGAAGAUGAGCAAGUCCCUCGGAAACAUUGUCAGCCCGAUGACCAUCAUUCACGGUGGCAAGGAUAAGAAGAAAGAACCUGCGUACGGUGCCGAUGUCCUCCGCUUGUGGGUAGCGACUGUCGAGUACUGGCGAGAUAUGUCUAUUGGACCCACAGUCCUUGCACAGUGUGCGGAAUCUAUGAGGAAGAUCCGUAAUUCUGCUCGGUUUAUUCUUGGAAAUAUUGGUACAACUAUACAACGAAAGCACUUUGUCCCUGUUGAACGCAGCGAACUGGGCUUGGCAGAGCGCUUCGUGAUGAACGAGCUUUACAAACUUGAUCAAACGGCUGCAGAGGGAUAUGCAAACUACAAUUUCCCGAAAGUCAUGAAUUCCUUGACCAACUUUGCAAACAUUACGCUGUCAUCGCUCUACUUUGAUAUUAGGAAGGACUGCCUCUAUGCCAAUGACAUUCAGAGUGUCGAGAGACGGGCGGUUGUAACUACCCUCGCCAAAGUCCUCGACUCUAUGACCUCCGUAAUGGCCCCAGUACUACCUUACCUAGCAGAAGAAAUUCCACAGUACUCUCCACGAAGAGCGCUGAGUGGAUGUGAUCCACAUGCCGAGCAAGAUAUGACGAGUUUGCUAAGGAUGCGCAGCGUCGUGCUAUCUCUUUUGGAAAAGGCUCGAGGGGACAAGCAUCUGAAGAGCUCUCUCGAAGCUGACGUCGAUGUUAUCUUGCCCAUCGAUAUAUCCGUGCGACCGUAUUUGCUACAGUUGAUUGAACGCGAAGAGACGUUCCUGAAGACGCUGUUCAUCGUUUCUGAUGCCAAGAUCACGGACGAAGGCUCUCCCGGCGCUGGUUCAUUCGCGUGGUCCUAUGUUUCUUCAAUGGAUAUACCCGAUUCGGACUUAGAGCUAGCGAUCCGCAUUAGACCUGCAUCUUCGAGCAAGUGUCCACGGUGCUGGACGUAUACUCGUGAAGAGCAGCAUGAUUUAUGUCCCCGCUGUGAGGAUGUUGUUCGACGUUUAGAUUAG